ACCUUGAACCUAUCCUGGUCGCCCAGCCCAGCUAAAGACAGCCAUCGCUUUUUUAUUAUGGGCCCAUGAAAAGCGGAAUCAGUAUGAAAAUGAGGUCUUUAUGGUGGAAACGUCUUUUCAUUUAUCUGGGUUGUAUUUUAUUCAUCAGCUAUUUUGGCAUAUCUGUGGUUUUGAGAAAAACUCCCAACGAAAAGACCGUGUAUACCAAGGAAGACAUAACUAUUGAAAUUGCAAGGAAAUUUUCAGACUUGGAGAGUAGCAUCAACAAAAUAUACAAUUCAUUCAAUAAAUUUGAACAAAGCAGAAUGCUAUUGAGAAGAUGCUAAUGGAUGAAAGAGAGAUAUUUAAAGACCAGAAGUUUGUGGCAUCAUUUGCCAAAUUGAAGCCAGAGCAGAGACACCAAGAUGACCAAAAGCCCAAGCCCCAGAAUGAGGAGAAAAAGGCCUCCAGACUGUUCCCCGACUCGACAUUGUUUAAGAGCUGGGGGAAGACUCUCUCAGAGGAGGAUCAGAAGGAGGCCCAGGCUUUGUUUGAGAAAUAUGGCUACAACGUUUUCCUCAGUGACCGCCUGCCUCUCAACCGAUCACUCCCAGACACUCGUGAAGCAAAGUGCAUGAGUAAGAAAUACCCUAAGGAGCUGCCUAGUAUUGCUGUGGUUCUGAUUUACCUGGAUGAGGCCCUGUCUAUCAUUAAGAGAGCCAUCCACAGCAUUGUCGACCGAACCCCUGGGCACCUGCUUAAAGAGAUCAUUCUGGUGGACGACAACAGCUCCAAUGAUGACCUGAAGAAGGAUCUGGAGGUCUACGUGAAAUCCAUUGAGGCGCAGAAUCCCGGUCUUCAAAUAAUCAUUGUAAAACACACUGAAUCCCUAGGUUUAGCUCAAGCUCGCAACUCUGGGUUUAGAGCUGCUACUGCAGAUGUAGUUGCCAUUCUAGAUGCUCACAUCGAGGUCCACAAGGAGUGGGCGGAGCCUCUUCUGACUCGUAUCAAAGAAAACAGGACGGUGGUGGUGUCCCCUGUGUUUGACAGGGUGAACUACUAUGACCUGGAGGUUGUCCGAUAUCCCCCAUCGGCCCAUGCUUUCGACUGGGCACUGUGGUGUAUGUAUGAGUCCUUCAGACCUGAGUGGUACAAUCAUAAAGACCCGUCACUGCCAGGAACGAGUCCCUCUGUCAUGGGAAUCCUCGUGGUGGACAGGAAAUUCCUGGGAGAAAUUGGAGGCCUCGAUGGUGGAAUGAAAGUUUAUGGAGGGGAAAAUGUUGAGCUAGGCAUCCGGAUAUGGCUGUGCGGAGGCAGUAUAGAGAUUAUCCCUUGUUCAAAAAUUGCCCACAUUGAGAGACGUCACAAGCCGUACCUGCCUAAUCUGAGCUUGGCAGUGAAGAGGAACGCCCUGAGGGCAGCAGAGAUCUGGAUGGACGAGUACAAAAGUAAUGUAAAUCUCGCCUGGAACAUUCCCAUUAAGGAUCACGGAAUAGAUAUUGGGGACGUGUCCGAGAGGAAGAGUCUCAGAGAAAAGCUGAAAUGUAGGCCCUUCAAGUGGUACCUGGACAAUGUGUAUCCUCAGUUGGAAACAUGGGAAAACAUAGUUGCCUACGGAGGGAUGAAGAACGUGGAUGCAAACAGGUGUAUUGACCAAGGGCCUGUUCCAGGUCAUACACCAAUAGCCUAUGAGUGCUACUACUAUGGCCCACAGCACACAUACUACACCAGUAAAGGGGAGCUUUACAUUGGUGGCAUCAAGUCCCACAAGUAUAAUGACAACAGAUGUUUGGCUGACAGUGGGGAAGACAGUGUUCCUGAUCUUUACAACUGUAAGGAGGCUGUGAAGAAGGGCAUGGGCAUUCUCUGGUCCUUCACACAGGGAAAAGAACUCAAGAACAGAAAAACAAAAAGAUGUUUAGAAGUAAUGGAACACAACCUUGUGAUCCAGAACUGCACCAGCCAGACAUGGGAAAUCCAAAAUAUCAUCAGGUCCUUCUAACUGACCAGUGUAGGAUAACACUCAUGACUAAACCACAUUGGAGUAAUAUAAAGCAGAAGAUACCAGAUGGACCUAUAAUUUUCUAUCCCAGUGGGUCUGCCAUUAAACGUGGGAUCAGGUCUGAAAAGUAAAACAACUUAACACUA